UUAGCUUGACGCCGGCAUGCACCCUGCGAAAGAAGGGUUCUCGGCUCUUCCCUUCUUUGACGAGUUUGAUUUGAGUACGGUGGAUAUUCUUCUGAUAAGCCAUUUCCACGUGGACCACUCUUCUGCGCUUCCCUAUGUGCUCAGCAAGACCAAUUUCAAGGGUCGCGUGUUUAUGACCCACGCCACCAAAGCUAUUUAUAAGUGGCUGAUCCAGGAUAACGUGCGAGUGAGCAAUACGGCAUCGUCGUCCGAUCAACGUACCACCCUGUACACUGAGCAUGAUCAUCUGUCCACGCUUCCCUUGAUCGAAACGAUCGACUUUAACACCACACAUACAAUCAACAGCAUUCGCAUCACUCCCUACCCUGCUGGCCAUGUGCUUGGCGCUGCGAUGUUCCUGGUCUCAAUUGCCGGUCUAAACAUCCUUUUUACCGGCGACUACUCUCGCGAAGAAGACCGGCAUCUGAUCCCAGCAGAAGUCCCCAAGGGUGUGAAGAUUGAUGUCCUGAUUACCGAGUCGACAUUCGGUAUCUCGUCCAAUCCACCCCGGCUGGAACGUGAAGCGGCUCUGAUGAAAGCCAUCACCGGAGUUUUGAAUCGCGGUGGCAGAGUCUUGAUGCCUGUCUUUGCCCUAGGUCGCGCCCAGGAAUUGUUGCUCAUUCUUGAUGAAUACUGGGAGACCCAUCCGGAGCUGCAAAAAAUACCCAUCUAUUAUAUCGGAAAUACGGCUAGAAGAUGUAUGGUCGUGUAUCAGACAUAUAUAGGUGCAAUGAACGAUAACAUUAAGCGGCUCUUUCGUCAGCGUAUGGCGGAGGCGGAGGCUAGCGGCGACAAAAGUAUCAGUGCGGGGCCCUGGGAUUUCAGAUUCGUCCGAAGUUUGCGCAGUCUGGAACGCUUCGACGAUGUAGGAGGAUGUGUCAUGCUGGCCUCUCCGGGUAUGCUUCAAACGGGAACAAGUAGGGAGCUACUGGAGCGGUGGGCCCCGAAUGAGCGCAACGGUGUUGUCAUGACGGGCUAUAGCGUGGAGGGUACAAUGGCCAAACAGAUCCUGAACGAGCCGGAACAGAUCCCUGCGGUGAUGUCAAGAGCGUCAACCGGCCUGGUGAGGCGAGUCAUGACUGGAAAUGAGGACGAGCAGAAGGUUAUGAUUCCCAGGAGGUGUACUGUGGAUGAGAUCAGUUUCGCCGCCCAUGUAGAUGGAGUGGAAAACCGAACUUUCAUUGAAGAAGUUUCCGCGCCAGUUGUGAUUCUCGUACAUGGCGAGAAACACCAAAUGAUGCGACUCAAAUCGAAGCUUCUCAGCCUGAAUGCAGACAAGACCGUCAAAGUCAAGGUCUAUACACCGGCAAAUUGCGACGAGGUCCGCAUUCCGUUUAGAAAAGACAAGAUCGCGAAAGUUGUGGGCAAAUUGGCUCAGAUUUCGCCUCCCACAGAAGAGGAAGAUGGCCACCUCAUGGCUGGUGUCCUUGUUCAAAACGGGUUCAACCUGUCAUUGAUGGCACCUGAUGACCUUCGCGAGUAUGCUGGUCUGACAACGACGACGAUCACAUGCAAGCAGCACAUCACAUUGAGCUCUGCAAGCAUGGACCUGAUCAAGUGGGCUCUAGAGGGUACUUUUGGUGCCAUCGAAGAGGUUGGCAACCCCCAACAAGAGAAAAUAAAGGAAGAACCCAAAGCCGACUCGGAGACCCCCGAUGGGGAGGAGCAGGAACCGAAAGAGGCUGCAGAUGAGGAGAUCCCGAUGGAAGAUACACAAACCUAUCUGGUCAUGGGCUGUGUGCUUCUCCGAUACUACCCCCGUACUCGCGAGGUAGAGUUGGAAUGGGAGGGAAACAUGAUGAAUGACGGAGUCGCUGAUGCAGUUAUGGCCGUUCUUCUCACUGUUGAGAGCAGUCCUGCGUCUGUAAAGCAAUCUGCGAAGCAAAACCACCACCACCAUCAUCAUCACAAGCACAACGACACCCCCCAACUGCCCAAUCCCCAUGGAUAUUCAGGCCCGGAAGAGCGUUUCCGUCGUCUUCUCAUGAUGCUUCAGGCGCAAUUUGGAUCCGAUAUCACCCCCAUUGAGCGUCCCCGACUACCUCAAGAUCAGACGACGAAUGGCAAGGAUGGAAAAGAUGGAGAGACCCCUGUGAAGGAAGAAGAGGACGAGAAUGAGGAUGACUUCACGGAACUUGAGGCAGUUGAGCUUGCCCGUCUGCAUGCUCUGGGCAUGCCUUUCCCCGGCCUCGAGAUCAAGGUCGACAAGCAUGUUGCCCGCAUCUGGCUCGAGGAUCUUGAAGUGGAGUGUGCCAACGCGGUGCUGCGGGAUCGGGUCCGCGUGGUCAUUGAAAGGGCAGUGGAAACCGUGGCAAAUAUGUGGACGGAGGGCCCCCUUCCAUCGGCUGCAAACGGUGAGGGGAAAGAGGUUGUCAAAGACCCUUCCCUCGCCAAGGCCGCCGCAAUCGAAGCUGAUGCUUGAAGAUAAGUGACAUGUAUCAUUAAAUGUUUAUUUUCCCUCUUGUAUCUGCUCUGCUGUUCCAUAAGGCGAACAUCAAAAGACAAUGCACAGCUGAGUUUGCUGUGUGCUUGUGAAGAGAAUAUAAUGAUUG